AGCCGAGCGAACUACUUUCAGCGGCGUAUGGACAUGACGACUACGUAGAAGUGAUGAGUCACGCAACAGACGUUGCAUAAAUUUCUGCUCCGCGGAGCAGGAGUAUUCAGAAGCGGCUGAUACUCGCAAGUGGUGAUCAAAAUGCAGAUCUUUGUGAAGACCCUGACAGGCAAGACCAUCACCCUGGAGGUGGAGCCCAGCGACACCAUUGAGAAUGUGAAAGCCAAGAUCCAGGAUAAAGAGGGCAUCCCCCCCGACCAGCAGAGGCUCAUCUUUGCAGGCAAGCAGCUGGAAGAUGGCCGCACUCUUUCUGACUACAACAUCCAGAAAGAGUCCACCCUGCACCUGGUCCUGCGCCUGAGAGGUGGUAUGCAGAUCUUCGUGAAGACCCUGACCGGCAAGACCAUCACCCUGGAGGUGGAGCCCAGCGACACCAUUGAGAAUGUGAAAGCCAAGAUCCAGGAUAAAGAGGGCAUCCCCCCCGACCAGCAGAGGCUCAUCUUUGCAGGCAAGCAGCUGGAAGAUGGCCGCACUCUUUCUGACUACAACAUCCAGAAAGAGUCCACCCUGCACCUGGUCCUGCGCCUGAGAGGUGGUAUGCAGAUCUUCGUGAAGACCCUGACCGGCAAGACCAUCACCCUGGAGGUGGAGCCCAGCGACACCAUUGAGAAUGUGAAAGCCAAGAUCCAGGAUAAAGAGGGCAUCCCCCCCGACCAGCAGAGGCUCAUCUUUGCAGGCAAGCAGCUGGAAGAUGGCCGCACUCUUUCUGACUACAACAUCCAGAAAGAGUCCACCCUGCACCUGGUCCUGCGCCUGAGAGGUGGUAUGCAGAUCUUCGUGAAGACCCUGACCGGCAAGACCAUCACCCUGGAGGUGGAGCCGAGCGACACCAUUGAGAAUGUGAAGGCCAAGAUCCAGGAUAAAGAAGGCAUCCCCCCCGACCAGCAGAGGCUCAUCUUUGCAGGCAAGCAGCUGGAAGAUGGCCGCACUCUUUCUGACUACAACAUCCAGAAAGAGUCCACCUUGCACCUGGUCCUGCGCCUGAGAGGUGGCUGUUAAUUCUUCAGUUUUGCAUUCAUAGUGCCCAGUGAUGGCCACUACUCUGCAAUCUAGCCAUUUUUCCCCGUUUAAGUUUAGAAAUUACCAGUUUCAGUAAUUGCUGAAUCUGUUCAAAGUGUUAAUAAAGGUUUCAUUGCAUGGAAAAAAAAAAAAAAAA